AUGGCGAGCAAGUCGUUCAACGUCGGCGUUAUCGGCUACGGCGAGGGGGGUAAACGAAGCCUGUCGGCCAAGGUCUUCCACAUCCCCUUCAUCGCGACGACGCCGCAGCUCAGGCUUCACAGCAUCGUGCAGCGGAGCCCCCGGGACGGCAACUCGGCGCCGCAGGACCACCCGUCGGCCAAGCACUACACAGACGCCAAGCAGCUGCUGUCGGACGGCGAGGUGGACGUGGUGGUGGUGACGACGCCGCCCGACACGCACUUUGCGCUCACCAAGGCGGCGCUCGAGACGGGCAAGCACGUCCUCACGGAGAAGCCGUUUGUGCCCACGGCCGCCGAGGCCGAGCAGCUCAUGGCCGCGGCCCGCCAGAGCGGCCGCCUCGUCUGCGUGUACCAGAACCGGCGGUGGGACGCCGACUUCCUGCUCGUCAGGCACCUCGUGGCCAGCGGCGCCGUCGGGCGCGUCGUCGAGCUCGACUCGCACUUUGACCGGUACCGCGCCGCGCCGCCGCCCGCCGGCGGCUGGAAGGAGGACCAGCUCAAGGCCGGCGUGAAGCCCACCGCCGCCGGCUUCGGCCGCGAGGACCCGGGCCGCAUGCGCCUGGUCCGCGUCGCCGACGACGGCGCCAUCCGCGAGGAGAAGGUGCCGGACCUGGAGCCCGAGACCUACCGCGCCUUCUACGCCGCGUUUGCCAGGGCCCUCGAGACCGGCAGGGAGGAGGACCUUCCCGUCAAGGCUUCCGAGGCGCGGGACGUGCUGCGCAUCAUUGAGGCCGUGGUGGAGAGUGCAAAGACGGGCAGGGACGUUGUGUUUUCUUGA